AUGGGUGAAACAGAGAUCAACAAGCGAGAUGCUGAAGCAGGAGGAAGUUCGGAACCUCCUGCCAAGGCGAGCAAAUCCGAAAAUGGAUCUUCAAACGGCAAAGCUUUGACGGCCCAAGAAUUGGCCAAGGAGUUCCCAUCCCUUGCCGAGCUAUUUGCAUCCCCAGCCCCCAUCCUGGCACUCUACUUUGCCAGUGCUUGGUGUCCUGAUUGCACGGGUGUUACUCCUGUUGUAGAUGAAGUGUUUUCCAAGAAACAACCAGCAGACAAGCUAUUUGACUUGGUCUAUGUGUCAUCUGAUAAUUCAGAAGAACAGCUCAAGGGAAACCUUCCCUCUGAGGGCUGGGGCUUUGUUCCUUUUGAUAAUGUGGAAGAAAGGUCCAAUCUGAAGCGUCACUUUGGGUCCUGUGCUGCCAAGGAGGUUUCCGUUUUGGAGAUGAAACCUGAGGAUCGCAAGUCAGGGAUUCCAACGUUGAUCCUUCUUGAGGCCAAGACAGGAAAAGUGUUGACCAGAGAUGGAGUGGAUGACAUUAUGGGAGUGGGAGGGACUGACACUGCCAUCAACAAGUGGAAAGGAUUACUUCCUGCCAAGGAUCUCACUGCGGAAGAAUUGGCCAAGCAAUUCCCAUCACUUUCCAAACCAAUCUCAUCCCCAGCUCCCAUCUUGGCACUCUACUUUGCCAGUGCAUGGUGUCCUGAUUGCACAGGUGUUACUCCUGUUGUAGAUGAAGCAUUUUCCAAGAAACAACCAGCUGACAAGCUGUUUGACUUGGUCUACGUGUCAUCUGAUAAUUCGGAAGAGCAACUCAAAGGAAACCUUCCCUCUGAGGGCUGGGGCUUUGUUCCUUUUGAGAACGUGGAAGAGAGGUCCAAUUUGAAGCGUCAUUUUGGGUCCUGCGCUGCCAAGGAAGUGUCCACUCUAAAUAUGAAACCAGAGGAUCGAAAGUCGGGAAUUCCAACGUUGAUCCUUCUUGAGGCCAAGACAGGCAAAGUGUUGACCAGGGAUGGAGUGGAUGACAUUAUGGGAGAGGGAGGCACUGAGGCUGCAAUCAACAAGUGGAAAGGAAUGAUCUGA